UUUCUCCUGCCUUGUUGACACUAGCAUAGUACUUGCUAAUUCGCCUAGCCUAUAACCACAUACCUCGUUGGGUCCCUGUAUAGAGACUGCAACAUGGUUUCCAAUCGACGUCUCAACAGGCGCUAGACGAGGAAAAGAUUUUGUGACAAGGAGUUCUAGGCUGAGAAAGGGGUUACCAGGGUCGAUCCUCCAGUGGAAGGGGCUGGACUGUCCACGACGGGAGCCUUUCCUUUCCCAAAGCUGGGACCCUGGAGCUAAAACACAGGGGAUAGAGGCAGGUUUUAUAGCUCGCGAUAUUCGAAAACACACGCAAGGAAAAUGAAGGCAGAGUAUUAAAGCCCAGCUAGAGCACACAGCAAAUUCCUGGGUUCGGUAGCCGGUCUCAACACUCUCUUUCGAGCACUCAUAUUUUGUUCUUCUUUACAUUGAUUGUAAUCACGCGUUCGCCGACAAGACUCUGUGAGUCUCGUGCAAAAUCGCCCACUUUAUUUUCAUCUUCGCCUCUCGCUUACGGCCUCUUUUGUAUUCCUUCGCUUGAUCGCCGAUAUUCUUGGUCGCUUGCUGCGUCUCUGUCUUCUUUGUCACAAUCCCCCAUUGGCGCCAAGUAGUUUAACCUGUUGGUUCUCAUAUUCUUUUUGAGGGCUGAAUCUGUUCGACAACCUAUCUUCUUCGCUGGUCGUUGAAAACUUACAUCACAUAUUUGUGGCUUGCAGCUUUGGACUGGCGGCCGCGUAGUGUUGUGUUACAUCUGCACUGCAGCCAAAAGAGCUCCCGGAAUCCUUGCCUUGCUUCUUUUCUUUGUGUGGCUCUUCGCUGUUUCUUCCCGAAAUUCCGGUUGCACUUUGUGGAUUGCAAGAAGGUUCUUUUCCCAGCCUCAACCUUGAUUCAACUGCCGCCGUGACGUUGAAUUUGAGCAACAUAUAAAGUCGGCAGCCGAACACUGGAACCAACAAGAUCAACCAACAGCACGACCAACAACCUCAGGAUCUAGUCUAACCAGUCUCUUGGUGCUUGAUCCCAGCUGCUCGCAUCACCCACGUGCAUCGUGUAUUGCUGCGACUAAAGAUUCUCAUCACAAGCACCACCAAUAGCGGCGUGUCCCUCCCGCUCGGCUCGGCUCUUGCGUCUCGAGAAGCUAUCGACAUCCCUGGCGUAUCUCCGUGAGUGGGUGUCUCAUCCCCGCAACAGACUGGGGUUCCCGGCGAGAUUUGGCAACGGUCAGAAAGAUAGCUUGUCACGGGGGGUUACGGAUAUCACUUUUCGAUUUCUCGAUUCUUCGAUUUCCAAGAGUGGGCUGCUACCGUUUUUCCUAAUUGGAUAUUCUACACCCUGCCGCACUGCGCUGCAUCGAGGCGAGAUUAUUGGACGAGAGUCUAUUAAUAUCUUGAUAUUCAGGGAAAACGGUGACUGAUUGAUUCAGUACAUCAACCGCUCUAUAGGCACAUCCUUGUAUUCCAUUAGGGGGAUCACAGGGAAGCGAGGUAACAAGAGACUUGCACUGCGACGUCAUCUGCAUCUUGCUCGUCAGGCCAGCCCCUGGAGGGUUCACUCCUUGCGUGCAGCGCAAACUGGAAUUGAGAUUCGAUCGUCGGAACGUGGUCGGUACUGUACCUGAUACGGUUACAAGUACGGCAUUGCAUUGGCAUUCACACUUAUCAACUCCGAAGCUUUUCUCCGCUUGUCUCCGCGGCCCGCUCACCUGUGUCGGAAUUCCCAUCGGCCAAGCUUACUGCUUAUCGCCGCCAGGAUUCAUCGAAAAAAUCACUUAGCAGUGAACAAGUCCGCUUGAACAAAAGUCGGGUGAACAAUCAAGUAUUUUGUGGGAAAGCACACGAUAAAAAACAAAGACAACGAGAGAGAUCGCGUGCUCCGUCACAUUGGACCCCCAUCUAAUUUUGGGAUUUUAUCCUAUUUAGGGUCCUGGUCUAACAUCCCCAUCUGUUCCACGUUACGGAUCACUUACAGGGCCUCGUCCACCAAUUCCUUUGCCCCCUCCCCUCCAAGUCUACCUAGUCUCCUCCGCCAGCAACGGCAGUAUGACAGGCGUACUGUCUCCCACGGCUCUCCACCCAGCUCUUGGCAGCCCCCGAGACAACGGGUAUUGCUUGUCUCCUGCUCGCUCUUCCCAUUCACCUGUCCUUAAGAGGAGCGCACUCGCCGAUACAAGUUUAAGCUCGGACACUGUUCAGACCACACAAUUAGAAGUUGAGCAGCCAGGUGUGUUUUCAACAUUGUCCCCAUCCCCUUUGUCGUUGUCAGUCUCGGAUCGUUUAAAACCUCAAACUCUCCUGGAAGAUUGUGGAGCCUCUACUUUGUCAUCUGCCCCAAAAGAUACAACUUCGUUAAGCUCGCCCUCUUUACAAUCUUCCACUUCACCAUUACCCUCGUCAACUGUAUAUCAAUCAGCUUCGUCUUCUUCGACUCAGAAAGACGCCCUUCGGUCUAAUUCUGGCCCGAGGGCUUUGGCUUCGGUGAUCCGACACAACAAACCCGACGCUUUGUCACUCGCACUCCCACACACAAACAUGCCUUCUCUUCGCCAGACGGAACCUUCAGAGUCUGACUCUCAACCAGCCUCUUCGGCUGGCCCUCUACCUGGCUUCACGAGUGUGUCUAAGAACUCUACCGCUGCCACGCCUUCGCAAAGCCUAACUGAUGCCCUCAAUGACCUCGCCAAGUCUCGCUUGACCGCAGGCGCCGUUAACACACCCAACACCGCCCGGACUUACACUUCCACCUCUAGCAAUGACACAACUUCAUCUGAUAUGGCCGCUACCAUUCUCGCCUCAACUUUACAGUCACCAUGUUUCUACCAUCAGCGAUUUGCUGAUGCUGUCGACAUCGGCAAGGUCCUCGAGGAAAUCAAGAAUGAUGUUUCCAUGUCACAUUCGCGUCUUGUCGCGACUGCAACUGGUGUUCGAGAGGUUUCCAAGCAGCUUCAGCGUCGUCCCAUCAAGCGCGCAGUCCGCAACAUCAUGAUUGUCACCAAGGCACGCGACAACCAGCUCGUCUACCUUACUCGCGAGCUUGCCGGGUGGCUUCUGCGAACCCCACGUUAUGGCUCCGACCUCGGCGUGAAUGUCUACGUCGAUGCUAAGCUUCGCAACUCACGACGUUUUGAUUCAUCUGGUCUCCUUGCCGAGAACCCCCGCUUCCAGCACAUGCUCAAAUACUGGACACCCGAUUUGUGCUGGAGUCAGCCUGAAAAGUUCGAUCUUGUCUUGACUCUUGGUGGCGAUGGUACCGUCCUCUUCACCUCAUGGCUCUUCCAGCGCAUUGUACCUCCUGUGCUCUCAUUCAGUCUGGGAAGUCUAGGUUUCAUGACCACAUUUGAGUUUGAGAAGUACAAAGAACAUCUCAACAGAGUCAUGGGCGAUGAUGGCAUGAAGAUUAACCUCCGCAUGCGCUUCACGUGUACUGUUCAUCGCAGCAAUCGUGGAGCCGGUGCUUUGGACGCACCCAAGCUCGAAGAACCUGAGCAAUUCGAAGUUCUUAACGAACUCGUCAUCGAUCGUGGUCCUUCCCCCUAUGUGUCCAACCUGGAGCUCUAUGGUGAUGAUGAACUCCUCACUGUUGUACAAGCCGAUGGUUGCAUCUUCUCCACCCCAACUGGCUCUACAGCAUAUUCUCUAUCUGCCGGUGGCGCUCUUGUUCACCCUGACAUUCCUGCCAUCCUUCUUACACCCAUCUGCCCUCAUACCCUAUCAUUCCGACCCAUGGUCCUUUCUGAUACCAUGGCUCUCCGAGUUGUUGUUCCUCGGAAUUCUCGAGCCACUGCCUAUUGCGCUUUUGAUGGCAAGGGUCGACUCGAGCUGCGACAAGGUGACCACGUCACAAUCACUGCCUCUCAGUACCCCUUCCCUACUGUGACACGCACCGAUACAGAGUGGUUUGACAGCGUGAGCCGUACUCUCCGCUGGAACGUCAGAGCUUCCGCACAGAAGCCUUUCGAUGCCGACACCGGAGAUAGUUGCAACGAUGACGACGAUAUCGGUUGGGACAUUGACACCGACAGUGCAUGCUACGCAAGUGAAGAUGGGAGUGUCAGCGCCAGCCCCAUCCGUCGGCAAAUGAGCCUUCUGGGUAUGUGAGGAAAGUCCAUGGCAUCAGCGGCCUUGGAUAAGAGCUGGUUUUAGGCAUGGUGUUGGCGGCGUUACAAUUAUUGUCUGUCAUUUCAGAUUAUCUGGGUACGAUGAUAGAUCAAUUUUUUCUUCAUUUUGAUAUAAGCGGAAUGGCAAAGUGUGGUUUUGGAACUAUAGCGGGAAAUAUUUAGACAUUUAGAUGUAAGGCAGAUUACGAUCUCGUCAAGACAAUACACGAUAUGUGGCCACAUAACUCAACAGCAAGAUGCCCGUCAAGUGAUAAGCGUAAUCUCUCGAAAGCUCGCUCACCAUCUAGUGCCUCCUCAACUUUGAAGCAACAAAAGGAGGGAUAUUGUAGG